AUAUUCGUGAACAUGAAAAUCACAAGCAAUCUAAUGAGAUAUUUAAGGAUGAGGAGAUCGAUGAUGAAAUAAUUUUAAAAUAUGAACCAGGAAAGUGGGAUGUUUGGGAAAUAAAUUCUACUUCACAUUUUAGUCUUGUCCCAGUUUUGUAUGAAACUAAAAAUCAUGAAUUAUUUUUCAGAGGAUACAAAGAUUACUUAGAUUGUUUGGAUAAACUUGA